AUGGGCCAAAUAAGCAAGCAAUUACCUGAGAGGUCUGCAAGCACAUUUCCAGGUGAUACAGUAGUGAACCCAAGAGAAGACUACAAGGUUAUUGAGUUGAGAAGUGGUAAAGUAACUGGUCCUGAGACCAAGGCCAAUGAAGAAUCAGUUGGAAAAGAAGCCCCAGAGGAGAAGAAGGAAGAAGUCGAGCACACACCUCCUAAGCGUGCAGACAACCCUUUCCCUGAUUCUCUUGACACUUAUCCUACCUUGCCAAAGGCUCCUGAAUACAAGCCGAAAAUGCCAUACCCUCAGAGGCUUCAGAAGGCUUCCAAAGAAAAGCAGUUCUCUAAAUUUUUAGAUGUCUUCAAGAAGCUACAGAUCAACAUUUCCUUUGCAGAGGUUUUGGAGCAAAUGCCUCUCUAUGCUAAAUUUAUGAAAGAAUUGUUGACCCACAAGAGGAAUUGGAAGGAACAAGAAAUAGUGGUGUUAACCAAGGAAUGCAGUGCCAUUAUUCAACACAACCUUCUUGAGAAGAUGUCAGACCCAGGGAGCUUUGUCAUUCCUUGCACCAUUGGAGAUGUCACCAUUCAGAGAGCUUUAUGUGACCUUAGAGCCAGCAUCAAUCUCAUGCCACUUUCAGUGAUGAAAAAGCUUUAA